CCACAUAAAAAUGCCAGUACACCAAACAGAUGAUAAAGUGAUUUUGACAUAUCCAGGAAAUUCUGAUACCAAGGUCGAGAUCUUGAAGUUCGGUGCCACUGUCGUUUCGUGGAUUUCUGAUAAAAAGGAGAGAUUGUGGCUUUCAGAUGCAGCCAAGUUGGAUGGAUCCAAAGCUGUCAGAGGAGGAAUUCCUCUUGUUUUUCCUGUCUUUGGUAAAUCCAAAGAUUCAAGCCACCCAACAGCCUCAUUACCACAGCAUGGCUUCGCACGUAACUCUGAAUGGGAAUUCUUGGGUCAAGUGACCGAAAACCCGGUCUCUGUUCAAUUUGGUUUGGGCCCAGAAAACGUCUCACCAGAGUUGUACAAGCUCUGGGGAACAGGCACUUACGAUUUCACCCUUGUAUUGACUGUGACUUUGGCCGAGAACAAUCUUACCACGGAGAUCGAGGUGGAAAAUUCUGGCAAAGAGCCGUUUGAGUUCAACUGGCUUUUCCAUACUUAUUACAAUGUUGACGAUGUGACGGACACCUUGGCUACCAACUUGAUCGAUACCGAAUGCUACGAUCAAUUAUUAGCCUUGACAUACAAAGAGAAGGCUCCCAUGCUCAGUUUUCAUGAGGAGUUUGACCGUAUCUAUAAGAAUAUUGAUGGUGACAGAGAUGUGCAGCUCAUUGAUAAGGGCAACGUCGUGGUGACAGUCUCUAGAAAAAACUUACCUGAUGCAGUCGUUUGGAACCCUUGGAUCAAGAAAUCUGAAGGAAUGGGUGACUUUGAGCCCAAAUCUGGGUACUUGAACAUGCUUUGUGUGGAGCCUGGGCACGUUGCUGACUUUGUCAAGUUGAACAAAGGAGACAAGUGGAUUGCAGCACAAAGUAUGACUUUAAACGGCGAGAUCAAAGUUCAAUCUGAUAUCUUCUCCGCAUGAAGGUCGCGGUAAAAUCUGAAGUCAAUUCCUGCCCUGAUGUUCUAUAGUUCAAUGGAUUAUAACAAGAGCGCGUGACUAAGCUUUA